UUACUUUUUUCUUAUUCUACGUGGAUUCUUCAACAUCCGGUGUAAACAUUAUACCACAGCCAUGGCACAAACAUUUCAGCAAGAAUACAUGCAAAUGCCGCCCGUUACACGGGCUUACACGACAGCAUGUGUAAUCACAACGAUAGCUGUGCAACUAGACAUCAUCACACCAUUUCAAAUUUAUUUUAAUCCAGAUUUGAUUUUUAGAAAGUUUCAGGUAUGGAGAUUAGUAACAAAUUUUAUGUAUUUUGGACCAAUAGGAUUCAACUUUUUAUUCAACAUGAUAUUUGCUUACCGAUAUUGUCGGAUGUUAGAAGAAGGAUCCUUUCGGAACAAGACAGCAGAUUUUUUCUUCAUGAUUUUGUUUGGUUGUUCCCUUAUGACUAUAUUAGGAUUAAUUGUAAAUAUUGUUUUUCUUGGUAGUGCUUUUACAAUUAUGUUAGUGUAUUUAUGGAGCAGAAGAAAUCCAUAUGUGCGAUUAAAUUUCUUUGGACUUAUGACAUUUCACGCACCUUACUUGCCCUGGGUGUUGUUAGGGUUUUCAGUAUUAUUAGGAAAUUCAGUCGUUAUUGAUUUAAUGGGUAUAGCAGUUGGCCAUAUUUAUUACUUCUUAGAAGAUGUUUUUCCAGAACAACAAGGAGGUUUUAGAAUCUUAAAAACACCAAGAUUUUUAACAUACUUAUUAGAAGGACCCACUGAGGACCCCAACUAUAACCCACUUCCAGAAGAGAGACCAGGAGGAUUCAAUUGGGGAGAGGGUCCAGAGGGGGAUGAGCAGUGACAUUUUAAAGAAAUAUUUUUCAUUUUACUUACAGGGAGGAAGCAAUUAUCUUCAUUUGAGUGAUGUAUGAAUGAACAUGUGUGGGGAAAAAUGACAUUAAAAAGUUUAUUAGUGAUUGACAUGAUGUCCUGGUGCUUGUUAUAUGCUUAUCUUAUGAUUAUAGGUGGCUGCUAUUGCGAACACAUUAUAGUAUCCAUAUUGAACUUAAAUAAACAAAAAACAUUUUAUUUAACCUAAUCAAAUGGCUCAUUAAAAGAAUUAAAUCAUGAGAAACAAAAAAUAAAACUAAUUUGAACACACUUGCAUAACUUUCAUAAUUUCAUAAUGAUUAUGAUGAUUAAUAAUACAAUUAUGCAUACGCAAAACAAACAAAUUGGAGUGGAGAGUUAUUAAGAUUUGUCACAUGAGGAUAUGUACAUGAGUCAUUCCAGUUAAACUUGUAACUGUUCUAUAUCAUAAUAAAACGUCAGCCCCCCCCCACCCAUAAACAAAAAAGUAGAAUAAAACAGAAAGAAAAAACUUCAAGGAAAUCAAACUUAAAAACCAAUUGGUAUGGUUUCUGCACUGUCAAUACAUAUUUCUGAAAUAAUCUUCAUCCCAUAUGCUCAUGAUAAAUAAAAAGCAUGGAAACAAAAAAAUGUUGGCAGCAUUAUUACACAAAUUGCCUAAAAAAAGAAGAGGCAAGAACUGUCUAAGGUCAACUUUGCAGAAGGAGUUAAACUAUAUUUUUGAGAGAACCUCAAGUAUGCAUAUUCACAACAUUCAUGGUGAUUUUGUUGUAUAAAUUAGAAAUAUUUGCACUGUACUAGCAAGAUACAACAGACAUUCUGUAUUUAAUUCAUGUUCAUAAUUGAUUACUGGACAUUAAUGCCUCUUACCUUCAUGUGCUGUUUAUUUCUAUAGAACCUUGAUUACUGGACUUUGCUGCCUCUAGCAUCAGCAUGUACUGUAUUUCUACCAAACUUGGACAGAAGCUUGUUUAUGAUCAUAAAAUAGUAUCCAGAAGUAAAUUUUGUAAAAAAAAAUCCUGUUUAUAUGUAUUUUACUUAUAAAUGGACUUACUUUUUCUGCCAGUUAAUAUUACAUUCACUCUGUGGUUAAAGUUUUUAAAAUUUUAAUAACUUUCUUAAACAAUCCUGGAUUUGUACCAAACUUGGACAGAAGCUUGUUGAUGAUCAUAAGAUAGUAUCCAGAAGUAAAUUUGUUAAAAAAAAAAAUUUCAUUUUUUCCGUAUUUUACUUAUAAAUGGACUUAGUUUUUCCACCAGGAAACAAUACAUUCACUCUGUGGUUAAAGUUUUUAAAAUUUUAAUAACUUUCUUAAAAUAUCCUGGAUUUGUACCAAACUUGGACAGAAGCUUGUUUAUGAUCAAAAGCUAGUAUCUAGAAGGAAAUUUUGUUAAAAUGUUGUACCUGUUUAUCCGUAUUUUACUUAUAAAUGGACUUAGUUUUUCUUCCAGUUAACAUUACAUACAGUCUGCAAUUAAAGUUUUUAAAACAUU